CGCGAGUCUUGAUAAUACUCAUCGUCGACAUCCCUUGCCUUGAUCAUUGGGACGAAUACCACAACGGCCUCGGUUCGAGCGGCUGUCGCAUCACCAUCAGCACGAUGCUUGAAGACAAGUACGUGAUCCCCUCUCAGAACCAUUACAAGGGGGCGAUGGCCGACAUGGCAGCCGUGGUUGAGUAGAUUGGCUGACAUCGCAUAUUAAUAGAUAUACCGGCCUGGCAUUGGCCAUGUCAUCCAGCUUGUUAAUAGGCACGAGUUUCGUGAUCACCAAAAAGGGCUUACGCCAAGCAGAAGAGAAACACGGGUUCGACGGCGAUGGAUAUGUAUAUCUAAAGAGUCCUCUAUGGUGGGGAGGGAUCCUGACUUUGGGUAUUGGCGAAGUGUUCAAUUUCGCCGCAUAUGCGUUCGCGCCCGCCAUUCUCGUGACGCCGCUAGGAGCCCUCUCAGUGUUGAUAGGAGCAGUGCUGAGCUCCUAUUUCCUGAAGGAAGAGCUGGGGACGCUGGGGAAGCUGGGCUGCGCCAUAUGCCUCCUCGGUGCCAUUGUCAUCGUCCUCCACGCACCACCCGACGAAGAAAUCCAAACGAUCGACCAGAUUUUACAAUAUGCGAUUCAACCUGGAUUCCUUCUUUACUGCAUAUUCGUCGCAGUCUUCGCAUCCGUCAUGAUAUACAAGAUUGCCCCCCUCCACGGCAAAAAGAACCCCUUGAUAUACCUCUCCAUCUGCUCCACCGUCGGGUCCAUCUCCGUCAUGUCCGUCAAGGCAUUCGGCAUUGCCCUGAAGCUCACUUUUGCGGGCAACAACCAGUUCUCGCAUCCUUCGACUUAUGUAUUUAUGAUCUUGACAACGGUGUGUAUCCUGACACAGAUGAACUACUUCAAUAAGGCCCUGGCCACCUUUUCAACACAGAUCGUGAACCCUCUGUAUUAUGUGACCUUCACGACGGCAACCCUCUGCGCCUCCUUCAUCCUGUUUUCUGGCUUCAAUACGACCGACACCGUCAACACGAUAUCCCUCCUGAGCGGCUUCCUGACCACCUUUGCGGGCGUGUAUCUCCUGAAUCUAUCGCGGCGCGAUCCUGACGGAACGAACUUGCUUGCUAGAAAAAGCACUGAUGUAACGGGAACCGAUAUGGUUUCGAGUAUCCAGACACGGCUGAGCAUGCAAGCACGCCGGAGCAGUGUUGGAAGUAGAGGCGAUCGCGAGGGAUUGAUGCACGCCUAUGAUGAGGAAGAGGCGAGGGGCUUUGGGUUAACAGACCUGACCGAGGACAGUGACGAAGAGGGAGCCAAGGAGAAUGGGAACAGGGCCAACGGACACACGCCAAAACCCGGCAAGUCGUUUGAGAUGCAACCUUCAGAGUCUUCUGAUCGAUGAAGCAUGCACCAUUGUUUUGAUUUUCCGCCGAUUUGCAUAGCAUUCCAGCGUAGUGCCACCUCUUUUUUUUCUUCUUUUUUUCCCUCUUAUCACAACUGUACAUUAUGCGUUCCCGAACGCCA